AUGGACCCUCGUCAAAGCCAAGUUCACCUCAAACCACCACCAUCCCAACACGUUCGCCCUUCAGCAUCGGCCUCAUCCUCACCAGCCCCGACUCCCCGCGCCCCCGUAACGGCACAUCCUACCACAACAGUCGCAGACACAGUCAUACUCCACGGCACGCAUCCGAUCUCAAUAGGCGCAGGAACGAUAGUCCAUCCCCGCGCCAAAAUCUACUCUUACGAAGGACCCAUCGUUAUCGGCGAGAACUGUAUUAUCAGUGAGAAAAGCACCAUCGGCACCGCACCCACCCAGCCUCCCUCGCUUCUCAGAGAAUCGCACACAACAAACGGAUUGCCCAUCCGUAUAUCCUCAUGUGUUACCAUUGGACCGCUAGCCACGAUCUUACCUGGGACACAUAUUCACUCUGCUGUUACAAUUGAAGCACUCGCGACCAUCAAUCGGCGCGUGUCGAUAGGCGCACAUUCGAAGAUCUGCUCGGGAUGCGAGGUUUCAAACAAUGUGAAGAUACGAGACUGGACUGUCGUGUGGGGUUCUGGAGCUGGCUUUGGGCAGAGAAGACGCACACGUGCGACGGAGAAAAUGAGUUCGGCAACGGCUGCAACACAGGGGAUCCAGGCGCUAGAAGGGAGAGUUAUCGAGGAUGCGAGAUUGAUGGUAUUGCAGAAGGAGAGAGAGGCUCUUGUUAGACUUAUUGGAUCCGGAGGGGGUGGAAGGAGAAGGUGA